UGCCAUCACUAAGUGGACUAUUGAUCUAUUGCUUCUGCUUUAAAGUUUAAACUACAUAACGAUGCUCCUCGUUUUUCCCAUACGUUUAAGCAUCUAGUUAGGUUCUCAUUACAGAUCUCACCUCCCUGUUUACCUUUGUUCAAAUUAGCAUAACUAAAGCAGAUUUAUGAGAGAAGUUGGGAUGAUCCAAUUCAAUCACUUUCUCAUCGGGAUCUGAUCGUGUUGGGGCAUGGAAGAUAUAUCUCUGGAUGAUGCUAAGGAUGGGUUGAAGAAUAAGUGGGUGAGGUGAAGGUAAGGGAAGAGCUAAGUGUAGAUUUGAGCUUUAUUGAUGUGAUAAAAAUGGAGGGUUACUAUUUGCCGCCCGGGUAAUUACUAUUUGUCGCCCGUAAAAAACACUAAAAAGAUAAAUUUGCCCUCCAAAUUUUUCUUUAUAUUCUAUUCGUUGAAAUGGUUUCUUAAAGAACAUACACACCACCCGAGUCCCGACCACCAACCCCCCACAAACACCAUAGCCAUAUUCACGGCCACCGGACGGCAGCCUAAGUCGCCGGCCACCGGACCAAUCUCGUCAGCAUAAUUCGCCGGGCACUGGACGGCAGCCGUACCCCAUCGUCGGACCAGCGAAGCAGGUAAACCCCACUGACCUCCUGGAUUUUUUUCCCGUCCGCUCGCCGAAGGCGAACCCCGUCCGACACCGGCGAGCGGACGGGGUCACGCCGGCGAGCGGACGGCGCCCGUCGCCGGCGAGCAGAUGCAUAUAGCCGGCAGUGUUUUUUUUUUAAUUGAGACAGGUUAUUAUUUCUAGAGCUAAUAAUUUAUAUUUAAUUUAUUUCUUUUAUUUCUAUUUUACAUAAUUAAAUUCGUAGUUCGUUAUUUUGUAGAGUUAAUUAAAUUAUUGCAUUUAGUUUAAUUUUGUAGAGUCAAUUGAAGCACAAUUAGUUUAAUUAAGCGAUUGUGUUUUGUUGUAGCGCUAUUUAGUUUAUUGUGUUUAGAUUUAAUUCGUAGAGCUAAAGAAGUUUAAUAAUUUAUAUUUAAAUAAUUUUCUUAUCGUCAAAUUAUCAUUAUUUUUUAGAGUUAAUUAAAUUAUUGCAUUUAGUUUAAUUUUGUAGAGUCAAUUGAAGCACAAUUAGUUUAAUUAAGUGAUUGUGUUUUGUUGUAGCGAUAAUUAGUUUAUUGUGUUUAGAUUUAAUUUUUAGAGCUAAAGAAGUUUAAUAAUUUAUAUUUACAUAAUUUUUUGAUCGUCAAAUUAUCGUUAUUUUUUUUAGUUAAUUAAAUUAUUGCAUUUAAUUUAAUUUUGUAGAGUAUGUUGAAGCACAAUUAGUUUAAUUAAGUGAUUGUGUUUUGUUUUAGCGCAAAUUAGUUUAUUGUGUUUAGAUUUAAUUCGUAGAGCUAAUUUGGUUUAAUAAUUUAUAUUUAAAUUAUCAUUAUUUUUUAGACUUAAUUAAAUUAUUGCAGUUAGUUUAAUUUUGUAGAGUCAUAUAAUUUGUACAUUUCUAACGAGUUGUAAAAUCAUAAUUGCAGGUGGACAUGGAUUACAAUGUUAAACUAAUUGGUGAUUACAAAGACCAUUUUCUCAAUGGCGUCCGAUAUGACAAUUUCGAAGAUGCUGUAACAGUGACCAAAAACAUCGCGAUGUCUCUUGGUUUCUUUCUAACUAAGGGAUCGAUGAAGCCACGUGAGUUGAGCAACAAAAGAUUAUUGGGUAUCUGUUAUAUGUAUUGCGACAGAUGCAGUAGGGAGAGGAAGUCAUACAAGCCGGAUCCUUCCAAGGAGAGUCGUGGCAAUACAAGUUCAAAAGGAUCGGGGUGCAUGUUCAAGAUUAAAAUCAAAGAACUACUAGUUAAUCCAGAUGCUCUUGAUGGACCUUCAUUCUGGGAGAUACAAGGAGUGACAGAGCAAGGAACCGGUUUAAGACGAGAGUAUCACAAUCAUGAGAAGAUGCUUUAUCCCGAGGGCCACAGUCAAAUGAAUCAAUUGAGUCAGGAGGAUAAAGAAUCUCUGAGGCAGAUGAGAGAUGUCGGGGUACCUCCGUCGCAACAGAAGCAGACAAUAAACAAGCAGAAGGGUGACAAAGGGCAUCACACCCAAAGGCAGAUGUAUAACCUCGGGUCCAAGUCUAGGAAAGACGAGAUGGGCGAGAUGAAUGCAGUGCAGUAUGCGUUGCUAGCAACUGAACGUGAGAAUUAUCAUACAGAGGUUAUGAAGGACAAUAACGACGUGCUGUGAUGACUCGGUAUUUGCACAUGUUUUCCCCUUUGUUUCUUGAUUGUUUGAGCUUGAAUUAUCGUGUCUUUGGCCUAUUUUACGCUAGGUUGUGUUCCUUUGUCACAUUUCAGGUCCUAGCACAUAAAGUGAAGCAUAGGCGCAAGUUUCAAGUCAAUCAGAGAUCAAUUGACGAUUCGGGAGAAGAAACUCGGGUAUGACCUGAAGAAGAAUGGAUUUCUACCUCACUUUAUGGACAAAGAAUCAUGCAAGCUUGUCAUGAAAAGAAAGAGGACGAGACUACGAGCGUCUGGGAUCAAACGGCGACUGAUUCGGAGUCCGGACGAGGGAGAAACGAAGCAUUAAACAGAGGCUGAGCAAGCCACACGGGCACAACCCACACGGCCAUGUUACCUGGCCGUGUGGAAAUCACCGAGCCUUCACACGGGCAGCUGGGAAAGCCACACGGCCGUGUGGCCUGGCCGUGUGAGUCGGGAAUUGCUGUUUAAAACCCGAUUUUCAGCAAAAGGAAAGGGGGAGAGCUGGGUUUUGGAUCCCAAACACCCAAGGGACGAACCCUAGAGAGAGAGAGAGAGCGACUUGGGAACAUUCUUGGAGCUAUUUUGGAGGAUUUCUUCGCCAUUGGAGCUCGGGAAUCAAGCUUGGAGAUGGAGAUUGAAGAUCUAGAUCAGAUUUCUGCAGUCUCUCUCUUCUCUAUGGAGUAACUUCCCUUCACUUAGGUUUUGAGGAACCUUAGUUACAUGAGUUAGGAUCUUUCUUGUAUGAAGUUUUGGAUGCUAUAUUGUUUGAUUAUAAUCGAAUGAUGCAUGUUUAUUGAGUCAAUUGAAGUCUGAUCAACUUUUCCUGAUUCCUGCUGCAAUCUGAGAUAGAUAGAAUCUGAUUAUGUUGCUAGAGUCUCAUCAUUCGGUAGUAGGAGAUUGGCUAUACGAGAGUUAGCCAGUUUACUACUUUGUACUGGAAUCCAAUUCCAGUAGUGGAGUUCUGUGCUUAUUGCUUCAGCUUUCUAUCCCGGUGAAGACUAGUCGCCUGCCGGAUAGUUAGACUGAGAGGGCUUGGUCAGCUUAAGAGAUUCCAAGCUACUGUCGGAUCUUCCGCAGUUUAAUCAACAGUAAAUCAACCAAAAGGAAUUACAACUUGGACCUAAUUGAGGAGCUAGGGGGAAUCAUACCUAAGUGAGUUCCCAAACUGUAAUUAGUAGUUUUACUUAGUUAGUUAGUCGAGUAGUUUAGUUAAUCAAUCCUUAAUCUAGUUUGCUAGAUAAUGAACUGAAGCUGAAUAA